GUGGGCUCUUUCUAAAAUUACACCCAACUCGGUGGGCUGAAUUGGAUGUUCAUCUCAGGGCUGUUAACUUUGGUGCAUAAAAUCCUCUUCCGAUCACACUAUAUUACACAGUCAAACAAAAAGAGAUAUCCAACUAUUUGAUCAAGUGGAAAAAAUGGCAGAAGAAGUUAUGGAUGGCAGUAAACAGAGAAAAAUCAUGGUGGCUGUAGAUGAGAGCGAGGAAAGCAUGUAUGCGCUCUCUUGGGCUCUCGAUUUCCUCUUGGUUGCCAACGUUCAGACAAAUCCCGACACCCUUAUUCUUCUCCACGCUCAACCCCAUCCCAGGGUUUACACUGCUGCGGAUGGUACAGGUUACAUAUUCACAUCUGAUAUUAUGCAGUCCAUGGAGAAGUACCAGAAAAACAUCACUGAAAACGUAUUGGAGAAGGCCAAACGCAUUUGUACUGGGAAAAAUGUGAAUGUGGAAAGUAGGGUUAGUGUUGGGGAAGCAAGGGAUAUUAUAUGUGAGGAAGCAGAGAAGGCCGAAGCAGACAUGGUGGUGAUGGGGAGCCAUGGCUACGGUGCGAUCAAGAGGGCAUUUUUGGGGAGUGUAAGCGAUUACUGUGCACACAAUCUCAAGUGCCCGGUUCUGAUUGUGAAGCAUCCCAAGAAAUGAAGCAGAGCUUUUUUAAUUCAAUUGGGCUUGGACCCUCCUAUGUAGUACAUAUUGUGUGUUUUUGUUUUUUCCAAGUUUUUAAUAAAAUAUGAAGCUAUUGAAGAUUUACAUC